CAAUGUUCUGUUGAUCUGUUAAACCAAAGCUCCCUCUGCCUCUCUUAUUUCCAGUGGCUGAAACUGCUGUUUCAGUUUGGGUUGGAGCUGGCCUGAAGUUAUCCUGACAUUUCUGGGAGAAGAUCCAAAAAAGUGGUUUUGGAGGUUGGGGGGGGGGGUAGGAGGAGGAAAAAUAGAGGAUAGGGAGAGGGAAGAUUAGGAAGGGAGAACAAGGUGAGGAGAAACUCUUUCCUCGGUAUCACAUUUGUUCGGGUGUUUGAAUUUUGCCUGGAAAAUCUAUUAGCCUUGAUGCUUUGGCUCUCUGGAGGGAGACAAAGGAGCUGCGCUCCACGGAGGAGGAGGGCAUUGAUGGGGAACUUUGUGGGACUUUAAAAAGAGGGGGGAAGAGCACAGAGCUCCAGCAAUAGCAGCAAUUCUAACAUCAGAGAAAUGUGCCUCUGUGUGGCUGCCUCCUGAAAAGAAAAGGGGGGGAAAGUCAGAACUGCGGAUAGAUGGAGAAAAGCAAAGACCCUUUAGAAAAAUCCCUUUCAUUGCACCCAGCUUGGUGAAGAAAGAGAAAAGAGAAAGAAAGGGGAAAGCCGGAGGGAAGGGAGCCAUCGUGACCUGGACAUUGCCUGGAGCCCGUUUUGUGUAGCAGAAAAACUGCUGAGUUGCCUACAGCAGAUCUAGAUGGCAAAGCCCUCAGUCUAAAACAAGGCUCCGAGAGAAUCACUUCUUGAAAGGAGAGUUUCCCGGAAGGUCAAUCCCACAAUGAACUGGGCACCGGUUGUGAGUUUAACUGUGUUGUGGGCUGCGUGGCUAGUGUGUGGCGUGGAAAAGCCAUUGAGGCAAGCUGACAGAGGGAGGCAUGGAGUUAGGAAAGUGCCUCUGGCCUACAGGGGCAGUAGCAAAUCAGCUUCACAGACGAGGAGAGCUGAGGUGUCCCACAGACCUUUAAGCCCUUCUGGGAGGUUUCCUCAACGUCCUCUUGUCAAAAGGGAUUCUUUGGAACCAAAGAGGCCACAAGGAGCCCCGCUAGGAGAUGACUCCCAUGCCCAGGUGAAGAAUGGUGGGACUAAAGUACGGCUGACACAAAGACCUAAGGUGGAAAUGGUUAAGGAUGAAGGGCCAUCCACAGCGUUUCGAUCACGCACAGUGCGUUUCCCAUCUGGGUCUAGUUCCCCCAAUAUUCUGGCUAGCUUUGCUGGGAAGAACAGAGUCUGGAUUAUCUCUGCUCCUCAUGCCUCUGAUGGCUAUUACCGGCUCAUGAUGAGCCUUCUGAAGGAUGAUGUCUAUUGUGAACUGGCCGAGAGGCAUGUUCAGCAGAUUGUCUUCUUCCAUGAGGAGGGCGAAGAGGCAGGGACAGUCAGGAAGAUAACCACGGAAGGGAAAAUCCUGGAACAACCUCUAGAUCCCAGCCUCAUUUCCAAACUCAUGAACUUUCUGAAGCUGGAGAAGGGCAAAUUUGGCAUGGUGCUCCUAAAGAAGACAUUGCAAGUAGAGGAACGAUACCCUUAUCCAGUUAGGCUGGAGGCCAUAUAUGAAGUCAUUGACCAGAGUCCCAUCAGAAAAAUUGAGAAAAUAAGGCAAAAAGGCUUCAUCCAGAAAUGCAAAGCUGCUGGGACAGAGGGCCGGGUUGUUGAGGAAGGCAACAAUGGUGCUAGUGUCACUAGGGCAACGCCAGGUGGUGGACAUGUCCAACCAGGACCCAGAAAAGAAGAAACAAGGAAAAGCAUUGUGCAGCCAACACGGGUUAAAACUAUGAAGAAGUUUUCGACAACCACACAGUCUCCCCCUCCAACUAGGGCUCCGACUCUUCCUCCCACAACUUUCAGACCAAUCACCAGAAUGAUGACAAUAGCAAGCAGGCCUACAACCACCACCACCACGACUGUGCCUACUACACAGAGAACGUGGACCACAAAAUCACACACUUUACUCCCCACAACUCCUGAGGUGACUGAUGCUCGGGUAACAGAUAGUUUCUCCUCCCCUGUAUGGAAAGAGAACCACAGAGAAAGGAAUCCAGCUCACACACAGAGACAACAGACCACUACAAGGAGACCCAGCAAAGCCACUCAUUAUGACACCCACUCAGAGGUCCCAACAGCCACCUCAGAGCAUCCCACGAGGGCAAGUGCCGGGCGAUACAGAGACAACCGCACAGACCGGAAGGACUAUAACAGUCAAGGUUCCAGUGUCACAGCAGGCCAGCACAAGCCUGCUAAAAGCAAACCACCUAAAAAGAAAGCCCAAGAGAAAAUACUGAGCAAUGAAUAUGAGGAUAAAUACGACUCAGGGCAGCCUGCUGUUCCUCGCUUAGAGGAAAAUGUUCCGGCGGGACAUAUCCCGCCAAAGAAAGGGAAAGAUCCAAGGAAACAUGACCGCUUAGAUAAACCUGAGAAGAAGAAGAAAGAAAGAUCAGAGAAGAAAAAUGAGAAACAGGCCAAGAAGGACAAAGCUGAAAAGAAAAACAAGCAAGAGAAAGAGCGCAACAAGAAAAACAAGAAAGGAAGCAAAGCGGACAGCGAGGGAGUCCUGAAGUCCAAUGCCAAGCCUUUCACACAAACCCCCAGGAAAUCUGUGGCAACGCUUUUGGAUUUAUUUGAAGGCAGAAGGCGUCUCCUGCUGAUCACAACCCCCAAGGUUGACAGCACCAUGUAUGUGCAACAGAGAGAUGAGUAUCUGGAGAGCUUUUGCAAAAUGGCAACUAGAAAAAUCUCAGUGAUCACCAUCUCUGGCACCGUGAACAACAGCCGCAUGAAGAUCGACCACUUCCAGCUAGACAAUGAGAAGCCCAUGAAAGCGAUAGAGGAUGAAGACCUCGUGGACCAGCGUCUCAUCAAUGAGCUGAGGAGAGAAUAUGGAAUGACAUACAAUGACUUCUUCAUGGUGCUAACUGACACUGAUAUGAGGGCCAAGCAAUACUAUGAAGUGCCCAUAGCAAUGAAGUCUGUUUUUGAUUUGAUUGACACCUUCCAAUCACGUCUCAAAGAUAUGGAAAAGCAGAAACGUGACGGCAUUACCUGCAAAGAUGACAAGAAACAGUCCCUGGAAAACUUUUUGUCCAGAUUCCGAUGGAGGAGAAGGUUGCUAGUGAUAUCUGCUGCCAACGAUGAAGACUGGGCAUAUUCACAGCAGCUUGCAGCCCUUACAGGGCAAGCCUGCAAUUUUGGUCUGCGUCACAUAACUGUCCUCAAGCUGUUAGGUGUGGGAGAAGAUAUUGGUGGAAUGCUGGAAUUGUAUCCAAUCAACGGGAGCUCCAGCGUGGACAGGGAAGAGCUCCCUGCUCAUUUGGUGAAAGACAUCCGCAAUUAUUUCCAGAUCAGCCCCGAAUAUUUCUCUAUGCUUCUGGUUGGAAAAGAUGGGAACGUCAAAUCGUGGUACCCUUCCCCAAUGUGGUCCAUGGUGAUUGUGUACGAUUUAAUUGACUCUAUGCAACUUCGACGGCAGGAGAUGGCCAUCCAGCAGUCUCUUGGCAUGCGGUGCCCAGAAGACGAAUACGCCGGGUAUGGAUACCAUGGUUAUCACCAAGGGUACCAGGAAGGCUACCAAGAUGAUUACCGUCAUCAUGAAAGUUACCACCAUGGAUACCCCUAUUGAAAUUAGGAACUUAACCUUUCUCUGCACCCUGCUUUCAUCUUAGUAGCCAUUCAGACCACAAGCAGCCAGACGUGGGGACCAUUUUAUGGUCACCUGACCAUGUUUCUUUUCUUCCCUCGUUCAGUCAAGGGACUACUAAAGUAUCGGACUUUGGCCUUCUCUAUAACACGCAUGAUGUGAAAUAGGUCAAACCAGUAUCAUUGGUGCCUUAUGGAAUAAAGACUCCUUUAUAUUCUGGAGCCCUUCUAAUCUGAAGGUAUAUCUUGGUGCUAUGUAUGUAUGUAUGUAUAGAAACACACCCCCUGACUCCAGUGAUGGGCAUUGUACUGUAGGCAGACUAUAAACUGUAAAAUAAGACACUAACACUCCUAUAGCUUCCUGUUUCCCCGUCCCGAGGGAGGAAAUAUUUAUUAGAAAAUGUUGUGAAUUUUUGCUGAAGAAGAGGAAUGGAAUGGUGGAUCAUAUUACAAAAUUUGCCACUCAAAAGAAAUCCUUUUAGAAAAACUAAUGUUAAAGGGUUGUUGUUGUUUUUAAUUAAAACAAUGUUUUGGGUAGAAUGAUUUAUUUUGUAACAUGCCAGCUCUGUAGUAUAAUGGUUUCGCCUGUUACGGAAAACUUGAGAUUGUUAAAGGUUUGAAAUAAUACAGUGAGAGAUAAUUUGUGCCAACCA